CAUUGUAGAAAAGCUUUGCGGUCGGGAAAGCAGAAUCCAGGCAAAAACAAGGGUUGCAAUACCAUUUGGGCUGGGAGAGAGCAGUGAGGCAGUGAACCCUCCACUUCCAGUUUGGGCCUUUAAUUGCUAGCACAAAACAUUGCAUUUCGCAUUAGGGACUUUGUGUUUUUGUUCUUGGGACCCUUGUAUUUCUGAUGACUUUUUAUGUGGAUGUUUCUUUCUGAGUUGGAGCUUGAUAUUCUGCUUGGGUCCAAUUUGUUAUUUCAAAGCUGAGGCCUACCUCCAUCACUUUUGCUUUGCCACCCCACACAGGACAUAAGCACAUGAUCUCUGGUCUUUUAUUUGCAUACCCUACUAGUCCUGUCUUCAUUGGCAGGAAGUGACUGGCCAGACCUGGGCUGUCUUGCUGGCUGCCUUCCUUGCUGGGCUCCAACUUAUCUCCUAUGUACACAGCCCUUGGAGUUCAGAGGCCUCUGCUGACUUCUGCGCAACCUCUCACUCUUGGCAUCCAAGCCCCCUCUGGUACAUACAGGAGCACAGGCAGGCUAGGACUAGAGGAAAAAGAAGAAUAGGCUGGAAACAGGCUGUGAGAGGCUCUGAAACCCGUUGCACCUGCAUCCCAGCCCUUUCACCUGCUGCUGUGGCUACAGCAACAGGAGAGACAGCUAGGAAGACAGGAAGUGAGACCUGGUACCUUAUAGGGAGGGUGUCGUUAGCUGUGACGCCUAAAAUGUCUCAAGAGAUGGGAGAGCUCACGCAAACCAGGUUGCAGAAGAUCUGGAUUCCACACAGCAGUGGCAGCGGCGGUCUGCAACGACGAAGGGGCUCAUCCAUACCCCAGUUUACCAAUUCACCCACAAUGGUGAUCAUGGUGGGUUUACCUGCUCGAGGCAAGACCUACAUCUCCACAAAGCUCACAAGAUAUCUCAACUGGAUUGGAACACCAACUAAAGUGUUUAAUUUAGGCCAGUAUCGACGAGAGGCAGUGAGCUACAAGAACUACGAAUUCUUUCUCCCAGACAACAUGGAGGCCCUACUUAUCAGGAAGCAGUGUGCUCUGGCAGCCCUGAAGGAUGUCCAUAACUAUUUCAGCCGUGAGGAAGGACACGUUGCGGUUUUUGAUGCGACCAACACUACCAGAGAACGACGGUCACUGAUUCUACAGUUUGCUAAAGAACAUGGUUACAAGGUCUUCUUCAUUGAGUCCAUUUGUAAUGACCCGGAAAUCAUUGCAGAAAACAUCAAACAAGUCAAACUUGGCAGCCCUGACUACAUAGACUGUGACCGAGAAAAGGUUCUGGAAGACUUUCUGAAGAGAAUUGAGUGCUAUGAAGUCAACUACCAGCCUUUGGAUGAUGAAUUGGACAGCCAUCUGUCCUACAUCAAGAUCUUUGAUGUGGGCACACGCUACAUGGUGAACCGAGUGCAAGACCACAUCCAGAGCCGUACAGUCUACUACCUCAUGAACAUCCACGUCACGCCGCGCUCCAUCUACCUAUGCCGGCAUGGUGAGAGUGAACUCAACCUCAGAGGCCGCAUCGGAGGUGACUCAGGCCUCUCAGCUCGGGGAAAGCAGUAUGCCUAUGCCCUAGCCAACUUUAUUCAGUCCCAGGGUAUCAGCUCCCUGAAGGUAUGGACGAGCCACAUGAAGAGAACUAUUCAGACAGCUGAGGCUCUUGGUGUCCCCUAUGAGCAGUGGAAGGCCCUGAAUGAGAUUGAUGCGGGUGUCUGUGAGGAAAUGACCUAUGAAGAAAUCCAGGAACACUUCCCUGAAGAAUUUGCACUACGGGACCAAGAUAAAUAUCGUUACCGCUAUCCCAAGGGCGAGUCCUAUGAAGAUCUGGUUCAGCGUCUGGAACCAGUUAUAAUGGAGUUAGAACGACAGGAGAAUGUACUGGUGAUCUGCCACCAGGCUGUCAUGCGAUGCCUCCUGGCCUACUUCCUGGAUAAAAGUUCAGAUGAGUUGCCCUAUCUCAAGUGCCCUCUGCACACAGUGCUUAAACUCACUCCUGUGGCUUAUGGCUGCAAAGUGGAGUCCAUCUACCUGAAUGUGGAGGCUGUGAACACACACCGGGAGAAGCCUGAGAAUGUGGACAUCACCCGGGAACCUGAGGAAGCCCUGGAUACUGUCCCUGCCCAUUACUGAGCUCUUUCCAAGAAUCAAAAUGCCUCUGUCCUCACUGUCUUCUUCCUUUAUGAGCUUUUUAAUCAUUUCUUUUCUCCUACCCAAAGAAGACGCUGGCCUGUGCCUUACUGGAAGAGCCCUACCGCGAAUAAAGAAAUCCUUAGCUGCUGCAAAA